AUGAUUGUUACAGAGUACAUGGCAAAUGGAUCUCUGGAUACGUUCUUAAGGAAUAAUGAUGGUAAAUUUUCCUACCUUCAACUGAUAGGCAUGAUGAGAGGAAUAUCUUCAGGCAUGAAGUAUCUUUCUGAAAUGGGAUAUGUUCAUAGGGAUCUUGCAGCCCGAAACAUUCUAGUUACAGAACACUUAGUGUGUAAAGUGGCUGAUUUUGGUUUGUCGCGAGAGGUGGAAAACGAUACCACAGAUGGUGCCUAUACAACAAAGGGUGGUAAGAUUCCUGUGAGAUGGACAGCUCCUGAAGCCAUUGCCUUCCGAAAGUUCACUUCAGCGUCUGAUGUCUGGAGCUAUGGUGUGGUCAUGUGGGAAGUGAUGUCAUAUGGAGAGCGGCCAUAUUGGAACUGGUCAAACCAAGAUGUCAUUAAGGCUGUUGAGAAGGGAUACCGUUUACCCCCACCAAUGGAUUGCCCAGAGGCUAUCCAUCAGUUAAUGCUGGACUGCUGGCAGAGAGAGCGAAAUCAUCGGCCAAAAUUCGGUGCCAUAGUUAAAACGCUUGAUAAAUUAAUAAGGGCUCCCGAAUUGCUUCGUAAAAUGGCUAAACCAAGACCCCACAAUUUCAUAGACCCAAAUGCUCCUGACUUGACCAGCUUCACAAGCAUUGAAGAGUGGCUGAUGUCAAUAAAGAUGGAACGAUAUAUCGAGAAUUUUAUGAAUGCGGGGUAUAUGAGCAUGGAUCAAGUCGCUCGGAUAACAAUGAAAGAUCUAAUGGACCUUAAUAUCAGCCUAGUCGGACACCAGAAGAAAAUAAUGAACAGUGUACAGAUGCUUCGGGCACAAAUCUACGGGGCCCAGAUGUCGGAAGGUUUUCUUGUAUAG